AUGGAGCUACUCCGCGCUUCUUUCGCCAUCUGGACGACUUCUGAGACCAAGAUAUCGAAGCUAGAGCCCCAGGACGCGGUCCCUACAGCCAAAGACGAUGUCAAAAAACCCAACGGUGAAGAAAAUAAGACAAAGCCCCAGGACGCGGUCCCAAUUGCCAAAGAUGAUGUCAAAGAACCUGACGGUGAAGGAAAGAAAUCAUCAAGAGCAGACACCAUAGUCACCAAAGUCAAUGUUGAAGAGCCCCACGUCGAAGACGAAGAAAGUGUAGGAACGGCCAGCACGGUCAAAGGUGAUUCACCUUCCUUUUCUUUCGAGGCUUCUCCGUCAAAGGAGAAUCGCAAAAAAAAACUUCCGCUCUCUAUGGCGAACCUCAUUAGGAUUACAGAGAGUGAACAGCAGCAGUUGCUCUCAGACGUCAGAAAUUCCUUCAGGCUUUCGAAUCAGGAAAUGAGAGAAAUCAUACUUGUCAAGAACGUGAAAGAUUGGCUCAGGAAAGCAAACCCUGAUGGACGUCAAGAGGAUACUGCUUCCGAAAGUUUCCGCAGCGGCGAUGGGGAGAUCCAGGGGGGUACGGAGAUCUCCGUGGAAGAGAUCGUACAGCAACAAACUGACGCGGCAAGCUCAAACCCGUAUAUCAUGGAACGGAAUUUGCGUGUCGAUGCGGCCAAAGAAAGGAUCAGUAUUCUGCAAUGCCGAAACGGUAUUGAACCGGGCGUAUGUAUGUUUCUUCGCCAUGCCAUGCAUACCGAUGCCGAGGACAUCGCAGCUGUUUUUAACUCCUAUGUGAACUGUUCCGCACAUACUCUGGAGUCCACGAUGAUAAACGCCGGCGACGUAAUCCAGAGAAUAAAUGAGUCCAGAUAUAAGGAGCUUCCAUUCAUCGUCGCUAUCAAAAAGCACGAGGAUAGGCUCGAUAUUCAUCGCUCCUGGGGGCGUGUUUUGGGAUACGUCCGCUUGACAGAUUUCCAAGGAGGUCUGCCUGCAUUCGCAGGCACUGCUCAAUUGGAGAUUACGGUAGCCCACGACAGCAAAGGGGUGAAAGUCGGGAGCUGCCUCCUCGACGCAAUGAUGACAAUGGCCGACCCCCAGUACAUUCCCAGAGGAGGAUACGCAUUUGUGAGCAACAUCCCAAACGAGACGAUGAUCCACUGCGCCUCGUGGAGCUGCCGCCCGUUGACUCGUAUCGUGUUGAUGAUGAGUUACUUGAUGUUCGAGCAAGGGGAAAACAGUGUGAUUGAAAAUUGGCUCACCCGAAGGUACAAUUUUCAACGAAGGGGAUUUCUGCCAGCAAUUGCGAUCAAAAUGGGCCAGGAGGCCGGGAUCACCAUUCUCAUCUGCGACAUCGCUAGACCCUCAUUACCAUAUGCUGGUGUACAUGAACGAAACCGCAUUAAUCCCCAGUCUGCUGCAUGGAGAAUGACAAGCGGUGACUCAUCGACACCACCCUCUGCUCUGUCUGGCCAUAUGCGCCAGCGGUCACGAUACGCAUGUGGCCCCUGUCGACACCGUAAGAGGAAAUGCGAUGGAAAAUUCCCCUGUUCAACAUGCACUGGAUAUGGGUAUGAGUGCAAUUACAGUAGAGCUGGCGGUGUCCAACCAGAAACCAACACCACGAAUAUCAGCGGAUCUGCCGUUCAGACAUCAUCACAGACUGGCCCUGUUUCUGCCAAAAGGAGAUCAUCAGCUACUGGAUUAGAUGAAGAUGAAGCAUCCGUCUCAUCGGCUACGCGCCGUAAAUCGAAACCGGCAUUGGGCUCUCGCGGCUUCGGAGAUGAGAUUGCAAGCCUCAACAAGGACCGUAAACCACCAGCACCAAACACAAAUGGCCUGAUGUUACCCUCUAAAUGCAGAUACAUCGGCCAACACUCAUCAGUCGCAUUUCCACAAUGGUUGGGAAAAAGUCUACAGUCUAGGAGCCCGCCUAGAGUGCAUUCAUUCGGAUACAACACCGGAAUCAGAAACGAGCUUCCAUAUUCCGUCUCUACCCACAUUCAAGAGUUGAUCACCUGGACUGAAGCCCAUGAUUCGCUUGACGUAUAUGCGACUGUGAUUGACCCGGUCUUUGGAUUUGUGGAUAUGGAAGAUCUGCGUCGCAAAAGUCAUGAUCAUUGGAACGGUAAGGAUCAAGGAUCCUACUUUGAAGCUCUGAUCAGCGGUGUGAUUGGCCUUGCCUCUCUAUUUUCGAAAGUUCUAUGUGAAGGUAGAGAGUUGAAGGUGAUUCGACAUGCAAAGGAUAUCCUAGAUGAUCCUUUUACAGCCAGAUACCCGCGCCUUGCAACUAUUCAGGCUUGGGUUCUGCGGGUUAUCUAUAUCCGUUCAACGAGUCGACCCGGAACAGCAUGGCUGUAUAGUUGUAUUAUGAUGCAUUUGUGUGAGGCUAUUGGAGUGUAUAGAGAGCGUGAAGCCGAUGAAGUGACUGACGAGAAUUACUCCCUGGCUGGAUUCAGGGAUAUCUGCGCACGAGUCAUGAUGGUGGCACGCUGUCUCCAUAUCAUCAUAUCCUAUGAACACGGCCGGUCGACAGUUGACGUCGGCCCUGUCCUCGAACAUAACAUCGUCAAGCGCGGUACAGAAGAUUUGACGCUUCAAUUGCAUGCUCUAGUCAACAAUAUACCAGCAGACAAUACCAGGCAAGACCACCCCACACGACGACAAGAACUUUCCAUCGCCCUUACCACUUUGAUCUCUAUCCCUAUAUCACACGAAUUCUUCAACCUCAUCAAAGCCGACUUAUGUUUCUGCAUAUACCGACGUCUCCGCCUCCUCGACCUAGGCAUAAAACAGGAACAACUUACCCAAAUCAUCCAAGCCGGGAAAACAGCAUUACCGGCAUCCCGAAUUCUGAUUCUGAGAAAUCAUCCAUGGUGGAAUACCCUGGGGACUGUGUUUCAGUUUAUUUGUGUCCUGUUGGCGAUUGAUAGUAGUGAAAGUUUGGCCACGAUACCCGAGGCGAUGGAGACACUGACGACGAUUGCGAAGCACUUGAAGACUCAUCUUGCCGAUGAGGCGUUGGGGACAGCGAGGCUACUUGUACGAUCUAUGACGGAUAAGAAGAGAAGAGAAGCAGCCAUUUUGGACAAAACUACAAACCCGGACUCAUACUCUGCUCAUUCUACUACUACGAACGGACCCGAUGCGGAAGCACGACCAUCAGCAUCGGUGAAUAACAAGCAUAGCAAUCCUAAUAUUAACGGCAAUGCUGCAUCCACAGCAGAAGCAAACGAGACGAAUAUGGUGUAUCCUACAACUGCCGUACAGGAAGGAGUAGAAGACUCCAUACCACAACAAGAACUAAACGGACUACUGGAUUUCAUGGACCCUUUAUGGAAUUGGGAUGAAUUUUUUGAGCCUCCCCUCGCAACCAUGCAGGGGGCGCCAUUCAUGGAGUGGAAUUUUCUUUGA